AUGCCAAAAAAAGGACUCGUUGUUAAACCGAUAUUGCACAAUGAAAUGAAUUCUCGAUGUCAAAUUGAUUUGAUUGAUAUGCAAUCAAACCCAGUUAAUGGUUUUAAAUACAUUAUGGUGUAUCAAGAUUACCUGACAAAAUUUGUGAUUAUACGGCCUCUACGGUGUAAACGCGCAGAAGAAAUUGCAUAUCAACUUCUAGAUAUAUUCACUUUCUUUGGAGCUCCUAGUAUACUACACUGUGAUAAUGGGCGAGAAUUUGUAAAUAAAAUUGUUACCAGUGUAUGUGAAAUUUGGCCUCAAGUUAAAAUAGUUCAUGGCAAAGCUCGUCAUAGCCAAUCUCAAGGAUCGGUUAAACGAGCUAAUCAAGACAUCGAAAGUAUGAUAGCAACUUGCAUGGAAACUAAUGACAAUGCAAAAUGGUCUGAAUCUUUACGAUUUGUUCAAGCAAUGAAAAAUUCAGCAUUUCAUUAA